AUAAAAUAUGUUGCGAUCAACUCUACUGAAAAACUCACCUAUCAAGCGUACUUUCACCCCAUCUCUCGCCGCUGUUCGACCUUAUCAUCAAAAGGUGAUUGAUCAUUAUGAACGACCGAGAAACGUCGGAACACUCGAUAAGAAAGAUAAAUCUGUUGGCACUGGACUGGUUGGAGCUCCAGCAUGCGGCGAUGUCAUGAAGCUACAAAUUAAAGUCGACGAAGUGUCGGGAACCAUCACCGACGUCAAGUUCAAGACCUUCGGCUGUGGCUCAGCCAUUGCCAGCAGCUCCUACAUGUCCGAACUUGUCAACGGCAUGACGCUCGACGAAGCUGGCAACGUCAAAAACACUACCAUUGCUAAAGAGCUCAGUUUACCCCCCGUCAAACUCCACUGUUCCAUGCUUGCAGAAGAUGCUAUCAAAUCAGCCAUAUCCGACUAUAAGAAGAAGCGUACGAGUACCCAGUAGGUCAAGCGCU